AUGAGUUCAAUUGAACAGUUGGAAACACUUCGAAAUGCAGAAUUAUAUGACGAUUGUAAAAUAUUGGCAGAAUUUAUCCUAGUCCUUGAUGAAUGUGGUAAAGAAUAUUUAACUAAUGAACAACGAUUAAUUGUUUAUCGUUGUUUAUCGGAUGCAACUUGGCUAUUACAUGAAUAUAAUUUAGCAGAAUCUUAUUUAAAAAAAACAUUACAUACUUAUAAACAAAUAGAAAAAAAUGAUAAGAAUACGACUGAACCAGAUUGGGUUAUUGAAUCCAAAUAUCGACAACAUAUAUGUUUAUUAAAAUUGAAUCGAUCGAAAGAAGCUCUUACUAUUCUUGAAUCAAUACCAUUUCAUCAACGUUCAGCUAAAAUUAAUCUCGCACUUGGUCAAUGUUAUCAAAAAGUUGGUGGUUCUAAUCCAGAAGCUAUCAAUGCUUUUCGUGAAUGUUUAAAACAAAAUCCAAAUACAUUUUCUGCUUAUACAUCAUUACUUGCUCUUGGUGUUAAAUUAAAUGAUCUUCUUCAUACACAUCCAUCAGCUGCAUCUAUACAUCAUGAAAAUCAAGCACAACAACCAACACCAAUAACAAUAUCACCAUUAGUACGUCAAACAUGGUAUCGUACAUUACUUCAAGCUGAUGCUUGUUCAGUUAAUCGAGAAUUUAGUGAAGCAUCAAGACUUUAUCAACAAAUCGAUGCACAAUAUUUACCACAAUCAACAUAUGUUUUAUGUCAACUUGGUUAUACACAAUAUUUAAAUGGUGAUUAUGGACAAGCAUUACAUAGUUUACAACGAGCACAACAAAUUGAUCCAUUAUUAUUAAAACGUAUGGAUAUACUUGCAUUUUUAACUUAUUCAGAAUGUAAAGAUAAUUCAUUAGAAAAACUUGUUAAUCAUUUUAUGUCAUUGGGUGAUCAACAUUCUGAAACAUGGAUUGCUAUUGGAUAUUAUUGGUUAAAAAGAAUGAAUAAACCAACACGUACUGUUUAUCUUGCACAAAAAGCCUAUGCAUUAGAUAAUACAAAAAUUCAAGCUUUAUUACUUAAAGGUCUUGCAUUGUUUAAGUUAAAACGAUAUUCAGAUUCACUUGUUCACUAUAAAGAAGCUGUUCGUCUAGUUCCUUAUUGUUUCGAAGGUUAUAAAGGUGUUGUUGAUGGUUAUUUAGCAACAAGUCGAUUAAGUGAUGCUAAUAUGUUUAUUACAAAUGCUGUUCGAACAAAUUUAAAAGAAAAUGUUCGAGCAUAUACAUUAUGUGGACAAGUUCUUGCAAAAGAAGCAUCAUCAUUAGAUAAAGCUCGAGUUUAUUUAGAAAAAGCACUUAGUUUAAAUUCAAAAUAUACUGAUGCAAUUAUUUCACUUGCAGAAGUUUAUGGACAAUUGAAACAACAACAAAAAAGUAUUGAUUUAUUAAAAGAGCAUAUGCAAACAAAUAAUGACCCACGUAUUCGUCAGUUACUUAUCGAAAGUUUAAUGAAAUCAGGUAGUAAUGAAGAAAUGCUUCAACAAGUUGUUCGUAAUUUUCCGACAUGUCAUUUUGAACGUCUGGAACGUGAAAUGAAUGAUGACUCAAGUUUAGAUGGUGGACGAUUUGAUACAGGCAAUAUGGGAGAUCUUGAUCGUAUGGGUGACGAUGUAAUGAAUUACUCUGGCGAACACUAUAGCGAUGAUGAUCUGUAG